AUGGAACCUGUUGUCGAUCAACAAGACAGUCAAGCGACGGAGCAAAGGAGGAAAAAACGCCCGACCGAGCACGAGGCCGAUUAUUCGGAAGAACUGAUUGAUAAACGGCCACGCAUGGAUGAAUCUGACUUGGUUGUGCCGUUUACAAUACAACCAAGGAUAAGGAACAUGUCGGUUCUGUUUGAUGCAUCAGCUAUAAGAGACCUAGCCGUGGCCUUGAGCUUGGCGUCUUCCAUUUCUCUGCCGGUUGACAGAGCAGCUUUUAAGGCAGAGGCCGAUCUGCUAGCCAUCACUUUAGCCGCUCAAUCGGCGAUACUGGCGGUGGGGAGGAUAGCUGAAAUUGGCCGUCGCCAAUAUGACGCUAUCGAACAGAUCGACUUUCUUACAGCCGAGUUGGAAAUCGAGAGGGUUAAGGCAGCAGAGGCCUCUCUCCGAGCCAAGUCUGAGGCCAUGAAAGCGGCGGCAGCAGAGAAAGCUAGGGCCAAUGCCGAAGAAAAUAAGGCUAAGACCGCUGACGAACUAAGAGUGGCCACCGAGGGAAGGGCGAAUGCCAGCGAAGAAGUGCUCAAGUCUGCCGAUGAGACAAUUGCCAAGCUAGAGGCCGACUCGGAAGAGUCAAAGACGGCGAUGGCAAACGCCGAGUCUGAGAUUUCCAAGGCUUUCCAGAAAGGCAAAGAUGCUACCUUGGCGGACUAUGUAGAGGCAGUGCCGAAGUUUGAAAAUAGGGGGUUCAAACACGGUUGGCUCAAAGCCUUGGCUGCCACUAACGUGGUAUUGGAUCAGUAG